AUGAGCUGGCUAAAAGAAUUAUGGGAAAGGUUGUUUCAUUGGAGCAAUAUUACGUAUAUUGCAAAUGCUUAUGGUCACGACAUCUGGAUUGCUGUUAAAUCGAAUGACUUGGAAUUGAACCAUGCGCGAUUGGGGGUGGUCGUUCCGAAAGAACAAGAAACUGCGCCGAUUGGUUUCCAGCUGGAAAGGACAUCAGAUACCGGUUGGAUUAAGUUAACACGUAACAAAAUUCAUAGACACAACAGAAGUUCCAAAACGGAAAGAAUAACAGUUGUACGUGCAAAUACGUUGGAAGAAGUUCUUGCUGCUGUAGCUGCAGUAUCAAAGCAAGUGGCAGAAGCUGCGAUAUUAGAAAAGAUCGCCGUAACUAGAAAAACAGUCGAAGUCUCUAGAAAUGCAACAUCAGAGAAAACCACUGAAACUACAAUAAGCACAGAAGUCUUUGGAAUUAAAAAAUUAACGGAGGCUCUAGCGACUCUAACCAUACCAUCAAAUGGAGCGUCAGCAGUAGUCGAACCGAACGAAGCACCUGCAGUAGCCGAACCGAACGAAGCACCUGCAGUAGCCGAACCGAACGAAGCACCUGCAGUAGCCGAACCGAACGAAGCACCUGCAGUAGUCGAACCGAACGAAGCACCUGCAGUAGUCGAACCGAACGAAGCACCUGCAGUAGCCGAACCGAACGAAGCACCUGCGGUAGCCGAACCGAACGAAGCACCUGCAGUAGUCGAACCGAACGAAGCACCUGCAGUAGUCGAGCCGAACGAAGCACCUGCAGUAGUCAAGCCGAAUGAAGCAGCCGAAGUCUUAGUAUUCAACUACGAAAUACAACAGAAUUAUUCUUACGUUGUGACCGGGAAAGGCGAAUUUUUACAGCAGAAAUAUGGAAGUAACAAUUUAUUUCAAGAUUUUACAGAGCAUUGCCACCGUGGAACUCCACCAGCUAGCGAUGUUUUUAGUCUUGAUCCUUAUUUGUGUCUAUCUGCACUUCUUGGUACUUCACUAUUCUGUUUUGUAUUUCGCCAUCGUAUUGUAGCGUUUUUCACUCCUGAUUAG